AUGCUCCACUCGGAACCAGGCACGCAGGUUGCUACCGCGCCCCGGCCGCAAUGGCGCAGCUCCAAACUGCGGGACAGCUGCCAGGCCUGUGCCCUGUCCAAGGUCAAGUGUCCCAAGGAGAAGCCGUCGUGCUCGAGAUGUGAGAGCCGCCUCAUCCCAUGCGAAUACUUCUUCACCAAGCGCCCGGGCCGGAGGCGCGGCAACAGCACCGCCGGCCCAAAGACCCCCACAUCGUCCGACUCCACUUCCGGGUCCACCUCCGCCGCCGGCUCCAUUUCUGGAACCGUCUCCGGCUCCGGCUCCAUCUCCGGCUCAAUCUCCGGCUCAAGCUCCGGCUCCAUACCCGGCCCCAUUUCGGGCUCCAACCCCGAUCCCGAUGAGAGCUGGACCCGGUAUGGCGACACCAUUCACUCCCUCCCGCCCAUCUCAAGAUCCUACGUCCUGCCCGAGAUGACGACCCCCGCACGAACGGGCAACAGCAGCCUCAGCGUUCCGGCCUCACCCCGAACGGCCGACGCCAUGUCCGUGUUGUCAAACGCGUCAGACAUGCUCUCGGUGCAUACGGGCCUGGACUCUGCCAGCCUGGCAUAUUUCUCCCACGACAUCGGCGACAUGGACUUUGUCACCUCAGUCAUGGACUCCCCCAUCGACCUGCCCAUGCCGGACAUCUGCGGCAGCAACAGCGGCGGCCAGUUAGGGAUCGACGUCGCCUCGCUCCUCAUCCCGGACGAAAGCACCGAUUACCAUGACGGUUCGGCCUCCUCCGAUUCGUCCUCGUCGUCGACAGCUGAUCUCUUAAACGCCGCAUCCGGGGCAUCCCCCGCUCCUGCCAGCCCAGCCCAUCGUCCCGUCGAGAACGGGGCGACCGGUGCCGAUGCCAGCUCGACCCGGUCGUCGUCGCCGUGCGGCUGCUUGAACGGGGCGCUACACCUGCUCAAGACGCUCUCGUCAACCGGUAACAGCAAGUCCGACAGCACCACCACCGCCGAUGGCGCGUCGGGAGGCCCGGACGCUGCCAACAAUAGGGACCCGAUACAGGCGGUGCUGCAGGAAAACAAGCAGAGCAUCGAGAGCGUCGAGAGCAUGCUCGCGUGCCCUUCGUGCACCCACGACAGCUUCCUGCUCACCGUCCUCGCCCUGGCCGUCCUCAAGGUCGUCCAGCGGUAUUCGGCCGCUGCCUGGGGCACGACGUCUCAGUCCGCGUCCCGUUACGGCGCGACAGCCGGGAUGACGACCAUCUCGGCGGCCGACGGGGAGCCGGGCGAUCGGGGGGGCGACAAGACGGCCCGGCUGGCCAACGGCAUCCUGAAACGAUGCCCGCCGAAACGGCCACGUUCCGCCUCGACGACUUACCAGAACAACACUCCUACCAACAAGAGCGGCGGCGGCGGCGGCGGCGGCAACGGCGCUGGCAGCGUGGACGACGGCAUGAGAAGCCGCAGCAGCAGCAGCAGCAACAGCCGCAGCAACAGCAACAGCAACAGCAACAGCAGCUGCUGGGACAUAUCCACCGAGCAGCUCGUGCUCAGCGAGCUGCACCGCGCCCAGCGGGUCGUCAACAAACUCUCGCCCAAGCUCCGGGCGCCCUCGUACGGCGAGAAGGGUGUGGCGACGAUGAUGACGAUGUCCCAUUUUGGCGGGGGAGGCAUGAUGCAGGAUCCGGAUUACCACCACCACCACCCCCUGUCGGCGCCGGUGGGAGACGGUCUGGCCGCUCCCUUCUCGGUCGGGACGCUGGAGAUGGUGGCGAACGAUGUGCGCAAGAGCCUGGGGACACUGUCGUCCGAGAUCAUCAGUAGACUUCGGCGGAGGUGA